GAAGUGGUUUGUGAGCAUUUUAAAAUAUUUUACUUUAUCAAACUCUAGAAAACUGCACACGGUAGGCAAAAAAAAAUUGACUUUGCCAGCCAUUGAGGAGGUUUUACAACCUGUUUUACACAAUCCUAUAUCUGAUAUCAUGAGAAACAUUCCUUUAAGCAACAAUACAGUUCAAAGGUGUAAUGGUAAGAUGAGUUAGGACACUGAAAGGUUCUUAUGUAAUUACUUGCAAAUGACUUACUUCUAAAAAAAAUAAAGCUGGACUAGUUAACCUUGCCCGAUUUUAUAGUGUUAUUACUAUCAAAUUGUUCGUUUUUUUUAAUGGAUCAAAAAAUAAAAAAGAACUACUUUUUGAUCAAUGGCUCCUUCACACUGAAUUUGAUAGAUGUCGAAAGGCUUAAAUAGUGUGACAAUAUUUUGUCUGAAUCCUUGGGUGCUAAAGAUCCAAUUUUAAAACCAAAAAAAAAAAAAUAAGCGGGAAGCUGACAUAGUCUAUUUAACAGACUUCUUUCAUAAAUUUAAUGUGGAUAAUUUGCUGCGACAAGGUGAUAACCUAAAUUUUGUCAAAGCGAAGUCAUAAUCUCAGUGUUUCUUGUGAGGAUUAAAUGAAUGUAGCAUGCAUUGGACAGGAUGAAUGUUGUUAUUUUCCAAAUUGAACUUAGUCAAACAUUAUCUAAUCGAGAAGAUAUAAUGUUAAACUUUAAUUGAAGCUCAAUAUGGAAAUUUUAUUAUCAAACUUUUCAACCAAUAGGGCUUUUUUUUUUGAUGAGUCAAUUCAUGUAAUGCAUAUUAUUAUUUUUUUUACUUCAUUUUGAUUUGAAUAUCAUCAAUGUAUAUAUAUAUAUGGCCUAGAAUCUGUAAGAAAAACAAAUUUGAAGGUAAUGAAUUUUCAAAAAAAUUCAGGGGGUCUACCGAAAACUGGAAAACAUGGCAAGGGGUCUACAAGACAAAAAAGUUUGGGAACUACUGAACUAGAUAGACUCUCACUCUCUAGUAUUCCAGAGUAUAGUAAUACUAGUAAUAGAGGUUCUGCUAUUAUUGCUGUACGGUACUUAUUAGCACAGAUUAUUGUUGGCAUGCAGGUUGAUAAAAUCUCAUGGCAUUGCAUUUGUGUGCUGUCUUCAAGAGCAUUGGAAAAAAUAGGCUAUUGCCAGUCCUAUUAUGUUCUCUUUCUUGUAAUCCAAGUCCUUGCUAGUCACACAGAGGCUAAAACUGUCAACGGAGUGUUUAAUACAUUCACCGCACAAGCUGAGCAUGGACAGUACAUUACAUCCUUUGCUUUCCAUGGAAAUGCAUUGUUUAAUUUCACUGUCAACAGCACAGGAACAGACUCUAAGUUAUACUUGUUUCUCUCGGAAGACUGGAAAAAGGCUGUUGGUGACACAAAUUGCUAUCGGCGACUAAAUAAAGCCAAAACUAUAAUUAAAAUAAACAGCACUACUGGUCUUCAGACAAUGUCUCAUUAUGACUAUCCACGUAUCUGGCACAUUGUAUUUGCCGAUUUUUUUACAUGUGAGCCAGGAAGACCAAAGCCACCAAAGGAAGAGCCAAGCUUUAUUCAGUAUACUCUUCAAAUAUUCAACCCUGAUUCUUUAGGUAACCCUACUGAACAUUUCAGUGAUCAAGAAACAGGGCUUCUCAAGUUUUAUCAGCUGUUGGCUCUGAUCUACUUUGUUGUUGCCUGUGUGGUAGCCCCUCAACUAUGGGAUACACUAAGUAAAGGUGGGCCCAUGCAACUAGUCAUUCAGCUUCUGACUAUCUCCAUGACACUGCAAGCAGUUGCAGCUUUCAUUGUUAUUGUUCACUUAUAUAGAUAUUCAAAAGAUGGCAUUGGCUCGCCACUCAUUGAAAUAUUGUCUGAAUUCCUUGACAUGUUGUCUCAGUUCACUAUGUUGUUCAUGCUGUUAAGUGUCUCAUUGGGUUGGUCACUGGCAUCUGCACAUUCUGUGUGUCGCUAUUCACACCUGCGCACCAUCAGCAAGAAAACUUCGGCUCGGGUGGUCUUUAUCCUCGGCAUUAUGCAGAGCCUUCUUUUUAUGUGGGAGCAAAAUCAGGAUGAGAGCCGCAGACUUUAUCCUGCACAACGUAGUUAUCCUGGCAUAGCACUAGUUGUCUUGAGAAUUCUUUUGGCCGGAAUGUUUGCCAUAAAAUUAAAAGAAGUUAUUGCUUCUGAAAGAAGUAGUCUUAAAAGGAAAUUCUAUAGUUCUUUUACUAAGCUGUGUAUGAUGUGGUUUCUUUGUUAUCCUUCCAUAUUCCUGUCAACACUAAUGUUUUCAGAAUAUCUUCAAUAUAAGAUGAUCACUAUGGGUGUUCUCAUCUGCCAGUCUCUAGCCGGUGUUCUACUCUACCCAUUGUUUUUAUCACGCAGUUUGUAUUGGGAAGUUUCAGCAUUAUCAAGUUCACUCCCUUUACGCUUUGACCACAGAAUCAAUUUGAAGUUAUAUUCUUGACAGAAAAUUUCACUAUUAUUUUUAGAUUCUUUAAAAAUUAUGUACAUUACAGAGUGAUUGUAAUUAUAAGAUCAAUGAUAUAAAUAUGAUCUGUAUCUUGUAAGAUCUCUCAUUAGAAUUGUCUAGUCUUCCCUUUUUUUUUUUUUUGAAGAAUUGUUUGUAAUUUAUUUAACAAAAAAUGUUUAAGGACCUCACUUUUCCUGAAACCUUGCUUGAAGUGAAUACAAGCAAUUUUCAAGUGAAUCUUCAGUCCCCUGGGUGUUGGUGUAAAAGUUUAUACCUACUUUCAGGGGUCUGAAUUUUAUCAAAGUUUUAUCUUAUUAAUUUUUUUUUACCAAUUUUGCAUUUAAUGUCUGUGACAUAGAGUCACUGUACCAUUAAUAGUUUUUUUUAAUGUACAUUUGCCUGUGUCCGUUUCUCUAUACAAUUGUGAUAUUAAAUAAAAGUAGUGUUUUUUUUGUAUUCUAUGAUCAGACAUCAGGUAUCUUCAUUAAUAACAGUUAUAAAAAUGAAUUUUUUCCCUUCUAGAGAGCACUUAAAGAGUUCAUCUGAUUUUUUACUCUUUGGGCAUUGGCUAAUGUUGAUAUUUGGCUAGUGUAACCACCAACUGGGGGUGUGAUGGCUGAGUGAUGUAGUGCUUGGCUUCUGAAUCAAGAGGUCUCGGGUUCUAAUCCUGGUGAACACUGGAAUUUUUAAUUUAUGGAUUUUUAGGGCACCCCUGAGUCCACCCAACUUAAUGUGGGUACCGGUAUCUGACAUUAGUUGGAGAAAAGUAAAGGCAGUUGGUGGUUGUGCUAGUCACCCUUGUUAACCAUUGGCCACAGAAACAGAUGACCUUUACAUCAUCUGCCCCAUAGAUCAUAAGGGCUGAAAGGGGAACUUCACUUUCUUAUUUUAACCACUUACUACUGUUUACACACCACAGAUAGUGGGCCAUACUUAAUGAUGUGUGGUCAGCAUACUAACCAAACCGAUUUCUUUACAUAACAUGUGCCAGGUACUCAUUUUAACUUGCUGGACUCAGAAAUAUUUAAAGCUAACUAGUUAAAAUUCCAAAUGCUCUUCUUCCAAGCCACUAUCUCAUUAAUGUUUGCUAGACAACUUGCUAUUUGUCUAUAAUUACUAAACAAAUCAAAACAACAAGGAAAAAAAGAUGAUCAUUGAAAUGAAAUGUGUUAUUGUGCAUCUAUAAUUUUGACUGGUGGGCCACCACAUCAGUAGCAAAUAAUUUCUUGCUGAAAUAUUUGUAUAAAGUAUGAUAACUUAGUGGAAUAUUAAAGCUUAUAAAUCCAUAUUGGAGGCUUUGACCAAUCACCACCCUGAUGCAUUUAUGGCACUUUUUAGAACAAUAAUGUAGCACUGAAUAGUCACUGUUGAGCUUAUGUAAGUCCUAGAUCAAGAUGCCUAUUUGCCACCUUUAUGUCUCUUAUUUCAGGUCCUAUUAAGACGUCCCAGUCUCCUGUUAAUAAUAGUUCAUUCAAUGUUUUAACCAAAAUUAUAUAUUUUAUUUUAAAGUAAUAGUUUAGAUAGCUUAGCUAUUUGUAUCUUAGUGAUGACAUUUGCCAUUAAAUUUCUUUGUUAAGGCUUGCAACUUAGACUUUUUCUUGCAAAAAAUCAAACAUACAUUAAUACCAAUCUAAAGUCAUUACAUUUUUAUAAUAUUUUUACCAUUCCUUGCUCUUUUUGUUGUGAUCUUACAAUAGUAGUUUGCUAGGUUUGUUCUCUUUUAUAGUACUUUCUAACCAUAUUUUAAAAAGAGGAAGAAUCUUUCAGAUUGAUGUCAUUGUAAUCAAAUAGUAAUUGCAGGUAACAAACAUUUAGGCCGAAACAAUUUUACUGCUUUAAAUAUCAAACAAGGGAUAAGUUGUCUAUUUAACACAGGGGUUCUCAACCUGAGGGUUACGACCCUUUUGGGGGUCGAUUGACCAUUUGCCAGGGGUUGCCUAAGACCAUCGAAAAUAUGGAUUAUUAUUGUCUACCCUACAAUUCUGUAUUUGUGUAUGGGGAGGGGGGGUCGCGGCAGAGUGGGGGAUUGUAAAAAGGGGUCGCCAAGCUUAAAAGGUUGAGAACCGCUGUUUUAAAAAAUGAGCAUUAUUAGCACCUGAUUCCCAUGCAUUGCUUGGUUAAGAAGUUAAAAAAAAAUUGAUAGCUCUAAAGUUUAAUCUUUUUUUUUUUUGCUUCCACCAUAGGAAUGGCUUACAUUUAUAAUGUGUCUCCCUUCUCAUCUUCUGCUUGUCAUUGGUUGCCAACAAGAAUAUACAAUGUUUUGUCAACAUUCUUUCCUUCUUUGGUCUGAGAAGAACAACCCCUCCCACAAUUCAGACCCAUGCUCACACAUUUCUUUGGCCUAUCAGUUGUAGCCUUUAAAACAAAAUACCUUUGCUUCUCUUACACAGACACCUCCACAGAGUCUCCUGUAGGAUGAAAUACUUCAGCUUUUCUUAUCCAAUAGUUCAAUUUGAGAUGUAAACAAAUCCUUCCAUAAACCCCCUUACACACAUACAAUGACAUUUUCUUAGGUUUAUUAGUUCUAGAUACAGACUCUAGAUCCAGUAGUUAUCUAUGGCAGUCCCUUAUACACAUUCAAACUUCAUUUCCCUGUCAGUUGUAACCCAAAAGGAUCAAGUAAUUUUGCUUUUUCUCUUGUAUACAACCAUAAGCAUAGAAACCUCUCUCGUUACACCCAUACAUGAUAUAGACAUCUCCUUUCACAAUGGAGGCCACAUAUAUCACUUAUACAGAUGUGUUCAUGUGACUAUAGAUGUGGCUAGUUAUAGUGCUAUUUUGUGUUUUCUAAACAAAAGAUUUAUUUGUUUAUGUAAUAUAUUACUGUUUAAUACAACUGUGUUUACACCUUUCAGGAAAGGGAAUGACAAACAAAAUAAUACACAAACAAUUCAGUUGCUUAAGUGUUAACAAAAAAAAAUUUUUAUAUUUUUUUUUUUACAUAAUUUACUACUUUUUAUUAUUGUUAGAUUACAUUAAAGCUUUAAUGUUUCAGUUAAAAUUAUUGACGGGAUUAGGUCCUUCAGUUAUGAGGUUUCUAAAAAAAAAUUUAAUUGAGUUUAUAUCAAUUUAUUUUACACACACACUGAGUAUUUUAAUAGACUGCAAGGUCAGAAAGGGGAACUUUUUUUUUUACUGCUAGCAUGUGAAAAAAAAAAGGGGGAGGGGGGGGAACAAUAUAUUGAUCUAGGUAGACAAGAGAAAUGGAUCAACUGAUCUAAAGAGAUUUGACAACAAUUUGUUUGUAUACCUCUUGUUCACUCCUUAUGUAAUACACUCUCAAUGUGCUUCUGUGCAUAUCAAGUGACUAGACCUAAAUCUCCUCUUCUUAUUCAUUAUGUAAGUGUGUAUGACAUGUUGCAUUUUAAAUUCAUAUGGUCAGGUUGUGUCCAAGAUUUUAGUGUAUACUUUCUGAAAUACAUCAAUGUAAUUUUUUUUUUUAGUUUGAGUAACUGUAUCAGUAGGACGUAAUCAUCUUCUUUUUUGAAGUAACGUCUGUAUUAUAUAAGAUAAGAUCAGUGUAUUUAAAAAAAAUUUUUUUUUGUCCUUUAAGAAUGCUACAUUGAUGUUAUCAAUGUUUAUUUUUUUAAAUUCUUUAUGAAUGCUUGUAAAAAUGUUUUACAUGUUUCCGAAGUUCCUUCAGAGUUGAAGAUAGUUUACUUCCUAGUCCAAACUUCCUGCAGGACGACGGGGGAUGGGAGCAGGCAGGGUUUGAAUCCAGGACCAUCAAUAAAUCCAAACGACAGUCCAGCGCGCAAACCGCACGACCAGGCAGCCAUAUUGUGUGCUGUAGUGAAUAUAUGUUUAUUUUUUAAAAUUCUUUAUGAAUGCUGUAGUGAAUAUAUUAAUGUAUUUUUCUAGUUCUUUAUGAAGUAAAGUUCUGGUUAUGAAGAUCUCAUUUUUAAGUCCACUUACUCAGAACCUAUGUAAAUAAACAGGCCUCAAUAUUUUUCAUGAUUUCUCUGGCAUGGAUCCUAUUGUUUCCAUUCUUUAUAUGUAUGUUUGUGUUUUUAAAACCAAUUACGAUUCCCUGCUUAUGAUUUUAGGCAGGUGUAAAGAAAAAACAUUUAUUUUGUAACAUAUAAAUCUGCAUUUCAAUGAUGGAUUCUAACAUUUUUGACUACUGUGUUUAGUGCCUUAAAUCAAUUUGUUUUUGUGUCCAUUCUUAGUAACAUUUUAUUGUCUAUAUGUUAAUGAAUAUCAGAUAUUUCCUUUGUAUUUCUUUGUUUAAAUCUUUUUUUGCAUUAGUCCCAAUCCAACCAUUUCCUGUCACUUUCUUUUAAAUCAAAAAGUUAUUGUCAUAACAAUGGUUUAAAUUUCUUGAAUAAAUAAUAAUUAUGA